AUGGGUACCAAGCAGACCAAGGGCUGCCAGCCGGGCAGCGCUGGCGAGAGCCCUCAGGCUCACCACCGCAAGAAAGUCCCCCCCAGGGAAAGGGGAGACUUCCUCGCCUCCCUCGUGGUGAAGUCCGGCGAGAAGUUUGGGAAGGGUGGUGGCAGCAGCUUGCCCCCUUACCACCGGCGGAUCUGCAUGAUCCAGGACAUGUUGGUGCUGGUGAAGCAGGGGAAGCAGGAGGAGGCCACCGAGCUGCUGAAGCACCUGCGGCAGGACUUAGGGAUGGAGUCGACCUCUCUGGAUGAUGUCCUCUACCGCUACGCCAGCUUUCGCAACCUGGUGGACCCAAUCACUCACGACUUGAUCAUCAGCCUUGCUAGGUACAUCCACUGCCCCAAACCGGAAGGAGACUCCCUCGGGGCCAUGGAGAAGCUCUGCCGGCAGCUCACCUACCACCUCAGCCCCCACUCGCAGUGGAGACGCCAGGGCAUCAUGAAGAGGAAGCCUCAGUCCUGCUUGAAGGCUGUGCUCAUGGGGAAGCCUCAGGACAACACGGUGGACUUGUCAGGCAUCCCGCUGACGCUGAAGGACUUGGAGCGAGUCACCUCCUACCUGCAGCACAGCUCGGAGCACAUCGACACGGUGGAGCUGUGCUUCACGGAGCUGACCGACGACAUGCUGCUGCAGCUGCUGCCGGCCCUCUGCGUGCUGCCACACCUCACCACCCUCUCCCUCAACGGCAACAGGCUCACCAAAGCCAUCCUACGGGACCUCACCGAAACCCUGAAGGACCCCAAGAAGUUCCCCAGUGUCACCUGGAUCGACCUCGGCAACAAUGUGGACAUCUUCUCCUUGCCACAGCCCUUCUUGGUCAGCCUAAAGAGGCGGUGCCCCAAGCAAGGCAAUCUGCCGACCAUUCUGGAGUUUGGUGAGGGUCAGGUAAGCGAUUUGGAGAGCCAAGACGGCCUGGCUGAGAGCCAGGAGGACCUGCGAGCUGGAGCAGGUGAGACUGACGACACAGACUUGCAGCAGACAGACAGAACAGACAAGGCUGGGGAGGUCCCCAGCUCAGAGCCGGGUGCUGUGACACCACAGACAUGAUGCCUGGCUCCGUGGCUGUUGGGCGGGUUGACUUCAAAUGGAGACCUCAUCGCUUGGAGGUCCUGGCAGAGGGUCGAUUCACGGCAUGGGAUGCUUUGGGAGCCCAGACUGCUGCCUUCCUCCCUUACAGUGAAUGUCAGCUUUCUUCUUGUCAAAGAACAUCUCAAGGUGAUCACAUCCAAUGCUUGUGUGUUAUAAAAGCUGGCCAGGUGUGCUGUGCUUUAUAACCUCUCAGAAAUGUAUCUCCAAGGUGGUGUAAUGGAGGCCCUCAGAAAAGCACACAAGAGAAGAAAGGUGCUCAGGCUCUGCAGAGAAGAGCUCCAUUUCCUUAGCUCUGGAUCUAGUCAGCCCCCAGCUGCU